UUCCCGACUUCCACAAAUACAUUCACAAAUACCUACUACAAGAUGUCAGCGUUCGCUUUCUUGAUCAUUUGCUUCCAAGCUUGCUUGGUUCAGAAUGUCUACAGCCAGUGCCUCCGUGGGGGUAUCGGAUCAGCAAACGGCUUUAACGGUGCCUACGGUCUGGGCAAUUCCUACGGCAUUGGUCUCACUGGGUCUGGAUUUGGUGGUGCUUACGGUCUAGGUACUUCUUACGGCUAUGGUCUUAUUGGUUCUGGAUGUGGCGGCACUUACGGUUUGGGUACUACUUAUGGCCGUGGUCUCAUUGGUUCUGGAUUUGGCGGUGCUUACGGUUUCGGUACUUCCUACGGCCUUGGUCUUGCUGGUUAUGGAUUUGGCGGGGCUUACGGUUUGGGUCUCGCCGGUCCACUCGCAUACGAUGCAGGCUACGGCGGUGAAGGUGUCGGUGAUGUAGAGGUCAUUGGUCAAAUGCCAGUCGUUGGAACUACCAUUGUCGAUGGAGAGGUGCCAAUCUUAGGUGCUGUUGAAUUCGGAGGCAUUGUGCCAGCCUCUGGCACCGUUACCAUUUCUGGAAGCUGCGGAUGCGGAUGCAGAGGUGGUUACCGUUACUGAGUAAUUAUUGAGAUAACUUUUCCGAACAAAUAAACUGAUAUAAAAUUGAAUAUA